AUGGGCUCUCCUUCCCAGACGCCGCAGUCCAGUCGGAAGCAGCUCAAAUUCAACUUUCCGGGGACGCCUUCGCAGAACGCGCCCUCGACCUCCCCAGAAGCAUCGCCAGGCAGAGGCGCUUUAGCUUCGUCGAUGAGCCAGCAUAGGCGCCCAACUAAAGGCGCAACCCAGAAGCAGUUUCAGAAGCACUUCCAGGGUCUCGGAGGUGACAUUCAGCUCGAGUUGCUCCAACACCUCCCCGAAGACGUCUUGCAGGGACUUGCGCACGCGGGCGACACGGCGCUCGCAAAUCAAGCCAAGCACACGCAGGCGGCCAGGUUUAACUACCAGAACCUGACGGAACUCGCGAAUCAUCCUAAAGCACGACCCGCACAAGACAAGCAGGGCAAGGAACAAUCGCUCAUUAUACCAGGGAGCUUCGAGCAUUUGGAGCGCACCAAUAUCAUGAACUUUGUACAGGUACUGGCACUUGACACAAACCGGAAAGAUGCACGUGCCAAUGUUGGAAUGGCAAUGGAGCGUCUAUUCAAGAUGAUUAGACCGCAUCGGUUGGAAGUGCUUUUGGUCCUCUCUGGCAUGUGUCUUGAAGACCAGGGCAAGGCUGCGAUGCAGGUCCUCUGGCUCACGCAGAGGAAUAUCCGCAAAGUGGUGCUUCCACCGCUGGCCACUGCAUGUGACGGCAUCCGAAGCGAAGUAUCUGGCAUAGUACAGAUGAUCAAGAAUCCCAACACGGGCGCGGUCGACGGCAAGCCUGAGGAACAAGAACAGGAAUCCAAGAUUGAGAAUCUCACCAUCUUUGAAGGAACCGGGUCUAAGCAACAAGUUGACAAGUUCCUAGACGCCGUUUAUCGAAACGAACCGGUACGAACUCAAGAGCUAAAUCUAGUUGGUAGUCGUAUCAACAUCGACAACGUAGCCACUCGCCUCGGUCCUGAGGGAUUGCGUGCCCUGAAUAGCUUCGGUUCGUUCAACGGCAAUAGUUGCAAUGGAUUCUUGGGCAAGUUGCUAUCAGAUGGCCACAACCUGGAAUCGUUCACGCUGGUAGACUAUUUGUCGUGGGAAAAUUUCCGGGCUCCGAAGCACAUGAGGUCAAUAAUGACGAACUUGGUCCCUGAUCCUGCAGACCGCUUCGUUGACCGUCCGGUCGAUGGCCGCCUCCUUCGAGAACUGUUAAAGUCCUCGAAAACCUUGCACCUGUUCAUCGUAGACGCUCAAAGUUACUCCAACUUUCAGCCGGCUAUGCUCAUUGCAGCUCUUCCUGCAACGAUACAAUACUUUAAGGUCGUGUUCGGGUACGAGGCCUACCUCAAUUACUCCGCACUUGGGAAGGUCAUCGAAAAGUGCCCCGGUAUGAAGGGUCUCUGCGCUUUCUUGAAAUGCACAGCCAAGAAAGUCCAACGUGUCAGAGCUAUCGAACAGUUCGUGGGUGCGCUGCGCUCGGCCAAGCGGAUAGAACUGAUCGGUGUACAUGUUGCUCAAUCCCGCACUACUGACGUCCAGGAGCUCUUCAGAGUAGCAGCUAUGAUCUGGACGCAAGUGCGAAAGAACGAACUGCGUCGCGUGAAAUACGUGAUCGUCUCAGCGCGCAAGUCCCACUACACGGCUGAACAGUCACCGUCAGCGGCUCGGUACUACCGCUCCGUCAAGGACGAAAAGUGCGUCGAGGUCAAGUUCCUUGAUAUUCCAGCUGAGGAUCGGAAGGUCGCUGGUCUUCUGAGUGGAAACUUUGGGAACGGCAUGAUGCAGUGGGCGGAUAGAUGCGAUAUGGCUUAUCAACCUGAGGGGCCCUAUGACCGCAGCAAGGACUAUUAA